AUGCCUUUGUUAGAUAUUGCUACUGCACACCCUUGUUCUUGUUUUCAUAACAAUAUAUUAGCUGUUAAGUCUCAGAUUCAGUUUCGUAAUAAAUUUGUAUCUGGCAAUGAGAGGAGAUUGGCACUGUCAUUUUCUUGGAAAUCUUUCUGUAUUGGGGAAACAGUUAAAAAAUUUAACUUGGAGAGUGUUGGAGUAUGGCGGGGUGGAUUGAUGAUAAAGGCAGUUGCUACCCUUGAAUCCACUUGUGUAACCCGGAAAAGUGAAGAGGUGAAAGAGUAUCAAAACACUUGGGGGAUGAAUAUUGAUUCAAGAAACUUUAAUUCCUCCAUGUAUGAGCCACGAUCUUCGAGUGAGGACCCAACAGAAGUAGAUGAAAGGGAGAAGUUGAGGCGGAUGAGGAUCUCCAAAGCAAAUAAAGGGAACACGCCUUGGAACAAAGGCAAGAAGCACAGUCCAGAAACCCGGCAGCGGAUUAGAGAGAGAACCAGGAUUGCAAUGCAGGAUCCUAAGGUCAAAAUGAAGUUAGCUAACCUGGGGCAUGCUCAAAGUGAAGAAACAAGGAUGAGAAUCGGUGUUGGUGUCCGACUAGGGUGGGAAAAACGCCGUGAGAAGUUGACGUUACAGGAGACUGGCUUCUAUGAGUGGCAGAAUUUAAUUGCUGAUACUGCCAGAAGGGGUGUUCUUGGUGAGGAAGAAUUGCAGUGGGAUUCAUAUAAGGUUUUGAAUGAACAGCUUGAGCUGGAGUGGUUACAGAGUGUUGAACAGCGGAAAAGGAUGUCAAGGCCAAAGGGAAGCAAGAGAGCACCCAAGUCUGCUGAGCAGAGGAGGAAGAUUUCAGAGGCCAUCUCUGCCAAAUGGGCGGAUCCAGCAUACCGUAAUCGGGUUUGCUCUGCCCUGGCUAAAUUUCAUGGCAUACCAGAUGUUGUUGAAAGAAAGCCUCGUAGAAAACCAAGCGAAGGUGGUCAGACCAGAAAAAGAAGUCCCCCUAAAAAGAAGGUUAAUGAGAAAGAUAAUCUUUCGAAGCCUGAGAAUGAGAAUGAAAUUUUACGAAUUAGAUUGAAGAGAAAUAAUACACCUCUGUACAAGGAUCCUUUGGCAAGUUCAAAGUUGGAGAUGUUAAAGAAUAUCAGAACACAGAGAGCUGCUGCUGAAAACAAAAAAAUUGAAGCCGUUGCUAGAGCAAAGUUAUUGAUUGCUGAAGCUGAGAAGGCUGCAGCGGCCCUUGAAAUUGCUGCAAAGAGUAGCCCUCUUGCUCAGGCUUCCCUAGUUGAAACCAGAAUGCUUAUUGCUGAAGCAAUUCAGUCCAUUGAAUCCAUAAAGCAAGGAGAUCUAGUCUCCGACCAAUAUGACAGUAAUUUUCAGGCUUCAUCCAAAUUAGUACCCCAUUUUGAAGAGGAUAUAAGUGCAGAAAUCGUAAGUCCGAAUCUUUUUGAUCCAAGAAAAGUAAAUGGAGAUCAAAGCUCAUGGUCAAGCGAUAUUGAAGCUGGGGAUGUCGAGCUUGAUGUUUUGCGAGAUUUGCUGAAUGGAAAUGCGUCGAUGUCUUAUGACAAGGGUUUACUGAAAAUAGGGGGAAAACAUCUUAAAACUUCUAGUGAUUUUCCUCCUAUAGAGUUGAACAGCAUGACGAAGCACUCCAACUUCAUAAAACAGCUUGCUGAUGAUCCUAAACCAAUUGAGAUCGAUGGGUUGGCACAAAAACUACCAAACGGGUUGAAAUUUCAAUCUGAGAAUGCAGCACCUCCGAAACAAGUAACCGUAACCAAGAAAUACAUUGGUGGGAGGCUGGUUGAAGUUGCGGAAGAAAAAUAG